CUACUACCUCUAAAUUACUUAAUCGAUAGGGUGUUUUAUACAAAUAUAAAAUCCUUUAUGUCCUUUGCUGUAAUAACUUAAAUUAUACGCUCGGACAACAUGUCACGUUUAUUUUGGGUUUCCGACAUAACUGAAACAGCUUCGUCUCUCUUCCGUUUCAUCACCACGCCUUUCUUCUCCUCUGUUUCAUUUUGAUUUUUUUUUUGUCAAAAAUGUUUGAUCAUCUGAAACUGUUGCGAUGCUUCAGCUUCACGGCAUCGCGUGAUUGGUUAUUCAAACAAUCAUUCUCAAACGCCGGUCUCCGCUCUGUCACCACCGAUCUCUCCCACGGCAAUCCCCUCGCAUCAACGUCAAUGCACUGUUGGAUCCCUAAAUCUCCAAACCGAUCUAAACCUAACCUCCUCCUCCUCCACGGCUUCGGAGCCAACGCAAUGUGGCAAUACGGCGAACACCUCCGAGCUUUCACGGGCCGGUUCAACGUCUACGUCCCUGACCUCCUCUUCUUCGGUUUAUCUUCCACGUCGGAACCGAACCGGUCCGAGUCUUUCCAGGCUCGAUGUUUGAUGAGGCUAAUGGAAGCGCACGGGGUCGAGAGGAUGAACGUUGUCGGGAUCAGCUACGGUGGAUUCGUCGGGUACAGUUUAGCGGCGCAGUUUCCGGAGAAAGUGGAGAAGAUUGUGCUAUGCUGCGCAGGGGUUUGCCUUGAGGAGAAAGAUAUGGAGGAUGGAUUGUUUAAGGUUCCGAAUCUUGAAGAAGCCACAGGGAUUCUGAUUCCUCAGACGCCGGAGAAGCUUAAGGAGCUUAUUAGAUUCUCUUUUGUUAAGCCGAUCAAAGGUGUUCCAUCGUUUUUUCUUUGGGACUUUAUAGAUGUAAUGUGUAUGGAGUUUGUAGAGGAGAAGAGAGAUUUGAUCAAAUCAAUACUCAAAGAUCGUAGACUUUCAGAUCUUCCUAGGAUCAAACAGAAAUCUUUGAUCAUAUGGGGAGAAGAAGAUCAAAUAUUUCCACUUGAACUUGGUUACAGAUUGAAAAGACAUAUAGGAGAAAAUGCAGAGAUAGUGGUGAUCAAGAAGGCAGGACAUGCUGUGAAUUUGGAGAAGUCUAAAGAGUUCCUCAAGCACUUGAAAUCUUUUCUCAUUGACUGUGUAUGAACUACUGUUUUAUUUAUUCUUUUUCAUAGAUUGAUAACUAGUUUUUUAAACUAUUUUUCAUUACUGCAUUUGGAAAAGAUGAUUUUUCAUUAUUAUUGAAAAUAUCAACAUCA